AUGUCGAUCUAUUCAGGAAUAGCAGCCACUGUGGUGGCACUCAUCUUUUAUCGCCUCCUGCAAUCUAAACCAAUCGAAUAUGACCAAACUGUCGUAAUCAUUGGAGCCAGUGACGGCAUAGGCAGAGAAAUCGCAAAACUAUACGCGGAAAGACGCUCAAAGCUCUUGCUUGUAUCAAGGUCGUUGUCGAAGCUAACAGAGGUCCAAAAGGAAUGUCUAGCUCUAGGAUGCAUAUCUGCAGAUGUUUUACCGCUAGAUGUUACAGUCGAAUCAAAUUGCAAACUUGUGAGGGACAAAUUGACAAGUUGUGAUGUGUUGGUGCUCUGUGUCGGAGUGCUGGGCAUUCGAGUUUUCGGGGACUUGUCUCCCAACGAGGCUUGCGAAGUUGCUGAGAAGAUGGUCAAGACAAAUGUAUUAAGUCCUGUAUACAUGACUUCGUAUCUACUGGAUCUCCUAAAACAAUCAAAAGGACGAAUUGUGGUCGUAUCUAGCACAGCAGGCGAACUACCUGCUCCCUCACGGGCACUGUACGCCAGCUCAAAGUUUGCCCUGAGUGGCUUCUUCAAAUCUCUCAGGAUUGAGACACAGUCGUCUGGAGUCUCAGUCACAAUAGCACUGCCAGGAACAGUGGCUACAUCUUUUCGAGAAAACGCACUGGAUUUAGCGUACGGAACCAGCAGUUCGUCAAUGACAACGAAGAUAGAGCCGUCGAAGGUGACUCCAAAGUCAGCCGCAAAGCUGAUUGUUGGUGCAGCUGAUUCCCGGUCCCGAGAGGUGGUGUUUCCUUAUUUCUAUAAGCUAGUAAUGCUUCUCUCGGCUGUCGCACCGUGGCUGACUGAUUUGCUGGCAAAGCUCAAGUACGGUGUCAAAUAG